UUUUAUUAGUAAGUAGUUAAUUUUAUUGAGAUACAAGGGAAAACUUUCUGCCGAAGACCUCAUCGGUCUGUAUAAACUAUAAAGUAAAUUGUUAAUAACAGAAAUGAAAAUUUGCGAGAAGCAUGCUUGCUCUUUUCAAAACUGGUACCCGAAAUUUAAAAGGUGGACCACUCGUUCCGAGUUUGUCAAAGUGCCUGACGAAGUGCUUUCUUACUUAAAAAGUGACCUAGUGAUGGUACCUUCAGAAGCCGUCCUCGAGACGAAGAAGACGUCCGAAGUCGACGACGUAACUUUCACAACCUGGGAGUCUGACGGUGAGGACGAAGACGAGGAUGCCCCACCGAUGCCCACCUUUCCUGAGUUCAGUUGUGACCUUAAAAAAGCGAUGGACAGACUUGGAGGUAAGGUGUUCGUCAAGCUGAACUGGAGUGCACCAUAUGACGCUUCAUGGAUCGCCACAAACAAUUCUCUCAAGUGUUCCAACCUUCAGGACAUCUAUCUUCUCCUCAAGGGAUCGAACAGAAUCGCCCGGGAUUUGGAAUCGUUCAAGAACCGAGACCUCGAUUGUGUCAUUGUGUUGAGAAUGUGGGAAGACAUACAUCCCGGUAGCGAGUUUCGGUGUUUUGUCUCUGAUGGUCAGUUGAUCGCCAUAACCCAAAGGGACAAAUCCGAAUUUCAUAAACACAUCCCACAAUAUAAGUGUAACAUAGUCAAUGAUAUCCGGUCAUUUUUUGAAGAGAGUCUCAAGGGUGAAUUCAUUCUGAGCAGCUAUGCAUUUGAUGUCAUUUGGAAGGUAUCGCAAGUCAAACUUGUCGACUUGAAUCUGUUCAGCGAAGCUGAAAAUGACUCUUUCCUCUUUACAUGGGACGAGCUGAAGGAUAUGCAAUUUGUUGAAGGUGUCUCUCCAGAAUUCCGAUACAUUGGAGAAGAAGUCGGAAUCCAGCCUGCCAAUCUCAGUAGACACUUCGGGCUGCCUAGUGAUCUCACAGACAUGCCGGAAAGUACAAGCAGGUCCAUCAUUGAAAUGAUACAGAACAAUAUCGACUUACAGAUUAGUGAAAUGAAUAAUUGAGCUUAAUCUGAUAAAACUCAAGUGUUUUAGCUCUGUAAAUUAGAUUGUAUAUAGUUGUAAUUUUUUACUGUAAUUUCCUCAUGUAAUAAUACACCUACAAUAAUUGUAAAAAUACAAAAUUAUGUAUUACAUUAUAUUGUCAAAUUAAAUGUUAAUAGUUUUUUUA